AUGGAAGAAGAAGAACCCUUUCUGGCGUCCCAAUUACAAUCAAGACCCACCCGUCUCCAACCUUUUAUCGACGACCAUCAUUUCUCUUUCUCUUUCAACACUACUCUCCCCCUCCCUCACCCUCAUCCUCGGUCCAACAACAUCCCUCCACUUAUCUUCCCAGACAUUCAAGACCUUUCUUCAGUUGAUGCCUCUUUUUCACCUGGACUCUCACUCUCAGGCACUGCCCACUCCGCCGGAGCUCCUAAUGCCCCCAAGAAAAUUCACUACAAGACUGCCCCCGCAAUGGCCAUCAUGCGAGACCUCAAUCCUCACCCACCUAAUCAUCAUGAUCUUAAUAAACCCCACUCCACCUCCAGUUCUCUCCUCAAACAGGUCGUCUUGUUACUCCUAAUCUAUCUCUCUUGGCUCACCAUAUGCACCAACGGCUACGGAAACAUAGCCCCAUUAUCCCCGGCCACCAAACUCUUUGUCUGCUUCUUCGUAUUGGUGGGUUUCGGGUUCGUCGAUAUACUACUCAGUGGGGUUGUCAAUUACGUUCUUGAUUUUCAAGAAAACAUUAUCAUGGCUGGCAUUCAUGUGAGAGGAACCCACGGGGGAUUCUCUGCUAGAAACUACAUUGGUGAUGUACACAAGGGCAGGAUAAGAAUCAGAUUGAAGGUUGGUUUGGCUCUGGGUGUUGUGGUCUUGUGCAUUGGAAUUGGGAUUUUGGUAUUGUAUUUUGUGGAGAGUUUGGAUUGGAUUGAUUCUAUUUACUUGCCCGUUACGACGGUUGGGCAUGGUGACAGGACCUUUAAAACCAUUCCAGGGAGGUUAUUUGCAUCAAUUGGCUUUUGUUCUCUACACUUGUAG